GAGAAUAGGACAGAGGUGUUGAAUCUAACUCUUAGGGAUGUUCUUCACGUCGACAUCUCAAGAGUCGAUACUGUAAUGAUUCAACUUGUCACAGUUUUACAACAGCCAUAUACUACAUGAACAUUUGGGCAUAGGCUACGAGGAGCGCUGACUUUAAAGACCACUUUCUCUGCUCUGUCUGCUCAGCCGCGGUUUACUCUAUUCAGCGGUGAGAUUUUCGUAGGUUUCUUUCUUCUGUCUCAAUCUCAACGCUUUCGAUUGGAGUACCACCAAUGCCGAUAAUUUUUUUGCCUGCUGAUUUCCAUUUGCGCUGGGAGCGCGAGGAAAUACGCUACACAGCUAGGUUAUAACGAACAAGCCGCCCAGUACAGGAAUUAUAGGGCGACUACCCGAGUGUCAGGAAUACGGGCUACAUUCGCUGAUGGACUAACCGAACCAACUGCAGCCACAAGCCUAACAGUGGAGCCAAAACCGGGAGGGGAGAAAGAACAGUUUCAAUUCCCUGACGGUUAUUUCUCAAAGGACCCCUGGGACAGGAAAUCUGACCACUUCUAAUUGUGGAAAACUGCUUUGUGACCGUUACACAUGCUUUUGUUUUGCGUGGUAUGGGUGUAAGGACCGUAUUUUAAAGAUACCCAGCAGAUACCAGGCAGUCACAAUACAACCUAUCAAACUCCGUCCAACCGGGCGCUGGUGGUAUAUGGCUGCAUGCCUUAUCAGAACAUAUAUUUUUGUCGUUUCUUUGGACGUAUUUUGAGAUUAUUUUAAGCAGCUUUGGAUACUUUGUUUUUGCGUUGCAUGUGAAUUGAAAUGAGCCUGGAAUUGGCCUUUAUAUGACUUUUCUAUCCUAUAUGAAGGAGUUGGAUAGCGGAACGAGAGGAGAGCGACACAAACAACCAACGGGGACUCAACACUAUUCAUAUUGAGAUAAUUUCGUUGUGUUUUUAGUAGACAUAUUUAACUCAUAUUUUAGUCUAUGCCUUAAAUCCAUUUUAUAGUUCGUAUUAAAUAGUUAUUAAUGUAACGUUUUGUUUUGGACACUUUUCCAUACGGGGGUCGGUCAUAUGGUGAAACUGGAGGGGUGAACACAACUGUUAGGGUUUCAGUCAAGCAGUGACAGAAAUAACCGAAUCAUUAUCACCCAAGUCUGCCCGCGACCUUUCGGUGACUCACGUGCCAGCCUCGGUGAUGGUCGGAAUAGAGAUCUAACAAGACAGCAACCCUGCUGAUGCGACCAGGUACAUUUCAAAUAUCUGUGAAGGCUGUUGAUGGAGAGGAUUUCGAAUGACAGCCGGGACAGUGGUCAUCACAGGCGGUAUUUUAGCUACAGUUAUCUUACUGUGCAUCAUCGCAGUACUCUGUUACUGUAGACUGCAGUAUUAUUGCUGUAAGAAGGAGGAGUUGGAGUCGGAGGAGGAGGAGCCCGACUUUGCAGUGACGUCCCGCCUCCCGCCAGUCCAUUCCAACCAUAACAUCGUGGCGGCGUCGGUCGCCGCCUCCACCCCUAACGGCCCCGCCCUCUUCACACCGCCUUUAGCGCGGAAACUAACGCGCUCGCAGACAUUUUGCCCUUCGUGCACACACCAUGAUGUGCCCUUCUACCUGCAGCAUCCGGACGGCCUGCGGAACGGCGGCGACCGCAUCAGCUACCGUAGCAUCCAACAGCAUGACCUGGAACUGCCCUUAGAAAUGCCCAGCUACCACAAACUGAACCUGACCCGGUCAGUCACCAUGAGGGACAUGUUCAACCGCAGCUGCAGCAUCAGCACUGACGUCUAGUGGUAUCGGCGACACCCCAUGGCAUGGAGGGCUCAUGGAAACAGAUAGAUAAAUACAAUGGGGACAGAUAGUGGGACUGCAGCUCGACAACCACAGCUCCAUGUCCCUUGGUCUUAUGCUGAGAUAUAACCGCACAUUAACUGGUGAAAAUAUAAGCAUUAAAAAAAUCCAUCCUCUCCUCAUCCGCUUGGUCUGUGGUGAGUAGGCUGUUGACCCUCAAAUAAAACAGUUUCUACUCUGUCUGGACUCGUAUUGGAUUACCCUAAACCUAAACGGUCUAACUAAACCACCCUCCGGUCUAACUAAAUUACCCUCCCGUCUAACUAAACCACCCUCCGGUCUAACUAAAUUACCCUCCCGUCUAACUAAACCACCCUCCGGUCAAACUAAAUUACCCUCCCGUCUAAAUAAACCACCCUCCGGGUCUAACUAAAUUACCCUCCCGUCUAACUAAACCACCCUCCGGUCUAACUAAAUGACCCUCUGGUCUAACUAAACCACCCUCCAGUCUAACUAAACCACCCUCCCGUCUAACUAAAUUACCCUCCCGUCUAACUAAACCACCCUCUGGUCUAACUAAACCACCCUCCUGUCUAACUAAACCACCCUCCGGUCUAACUAAACCACCCUCCGGUCUAAUAAAUGACCCUCCGGUCUAAAUAAACCACCCUCUGGUCUAACGAAACCACCCUCCGGUCUAAAUAAACCACCCUCUGGUCUAACGAAACCAUCCUCCAGUCAAACUAAAUUACCCUCCCGUCUAACUAAACCAUCCUCCCGUCUAACUAAACCACCCUCUGGUCUAACGAAACCACCCUCUGGUCUAACUAAAUUACCCUCCCGUCUAACUAAACCAUCCUCCAGUCAAACUAAAUGACCCUCCGGUCUAACUAAACCAUCCUCCCGUCUAACUAAACCACCCUCUGGUCUAACGAAACCACCCUCUGGUCUAACUAAAUUACCCUCCCGUCUAACUAAACCAUCCUCCAGUCAAACUAAAUGACCCUCCGGUCUAACUAAACCAUCCUCCAGUCAAACUAAAUGACCCUCCGGUCUAACUAAACCAUCCUCCAGUCAAACUAAAUUACCCUCCCGUCUAACUAAACCAUCCUCCAGUCUAACUAAACCACCCUCCCGUCUAACUAAACCACCCUCCCGUCUAACUAAACCACCCUCCCGUCUAACUAAACCACCCUCCGGUCUAACUAAAUUACCCUCCGGUCUAAAUAAACCACCCUCUGGUCUAACUAAACCACCCUCCCGUCUAACUAAACCACCCUCUGGUCUAACUAAACCACCCUCCCGUCUAACUAAACCACCCUCCGGUCAAACUAAAUGACCCUCCGGUCUAACUAAACCACCCUCUGGUCUAAUAAAUGACCCUCUGGUCUAACUAAACCACCCUCUGGUCUAAUAAAUGACCCUCCAGUCUAACUAAAUCCCCUCUGGUCUAAUUCCACCACAUCAACUGUACCUUUGAAUAAUAAAUACCAGACUUUCUGUAGAUGCUGCUAAAAGGAUAAAUAAGAGGGCUAUGGAGCCUCCUCCCACUACUACCACUCUCCACCAAUCCCCAGCCUGAUCACCAGAAAGGGGACGGAGCAGAUCAUAUCUGAAGUUAUGGUCCAAGUUAUAGAGUAUGCCAUCCAUCACAUCAUGGUUUGGAAUUGUAGGAGUGAUGGAAGAGAGGGGAGCAACAUGAUAGAGACCAUAAAAACAUAGGAAAUUAAGGGCUUCUGGUGGAUUAUGGGGAAUGGAUUACUCUGCUCUUUUUCCACAUGCUCUUUGAGAGAGAGAGAGAGAGAGAGAGAGAGAGGGAGAGAGAGCGGGAGUGAGAGAGAGAGCAAAAGAGAGUGAGUGAAAGAGAGAGAGAGAGAGAAAGAGUGAGAAAGAGUGAGAGAGAGAUCUUUUACUAAGAGAACAUUAGAGACUAUCUGCUUCUUAAGGAAGACCAACCAGGGUGAUGAUCUUGUGUUGUACAUACAGCUGCACAUUAUGAUUCUGUUCUUAACGUCAGUGUGUUAUGAGGGUGAGACGUGUGUCCCCCUAGUGUGUGUCUUACAUACCAACGAAGUGAUGUAUAAAAAUCAUUCUAGCCAGCGUUGUACACGACAUGUUAUCCUACUUUUCAGACUAACUGGACUGCAAUAACAGUAAAAGGACAUUAAAGCGUGGGCUUUUCAGUUAUGUUAUUUAUUAAUGUGCCAAUUUACCAAACAGCGUGUAGAGUUUGCUUAACUCGUUGGGAUAAACAAGCUAAGAGGUUUUUGGAAAGUUGUUUUCCCUUUUUGAGGUUUUACUUCAGUCGUUACUGUAUACUGUCUAUUCUAAUUAGGUCUGAUGAGAAAACAUACCGAUGACAAAAACUAAAUAAACAACCUUCAUAUUUUAUACACUUUAGCUUUACAAUGUAAUUUAUGGUAAUCUUGUUCACUGGAGUUUCAAAUCGUGGUCUUUUCACCUGAUUCCUUGUGUCUAAAAUCUGAGAUCCGCGGGCUAAUAAAGCUAAACAAUAUUUUGUGGCUUUUCUUCAUUCAAUUGGUUUGGACUUGGCCUAGCUCCCUCCACACACCUUGCUGGACUAAGAGGAUGUACUAACUCUGCACUCGAUUGAUUGGCCUGGAAGUGCCUGGUCGUUCUUUCUGGAUUCUGCUAGCAGCACCGGAGGAGAAAAGGCAUCAGCUGUGCUGUGUGUACAGUAUAUUCAGGAUGGGGAUGGAGAGACUCUGUGGUUGUGUUUUCAUGCCAACAGGGUACUCUUUCAAUCAGAUUAUUUACUGCUAAGAUUAAAUCGGAGGGAAUGUGCAGUGGGGGCUGGAAUCUGAUUGUUAUUGUCAUUGGAUACAUUGCCUCUGUUCUCUCGUUUAUUUGACCACCCCUGGUUUACCAGCAAACACUGUUGUUUUCUUUGGUUUGUUUAUUCCACCCCUGGUUUACCAGCAAACACUGUUGUUUUCUUUGGUUUGUUUAUUCCACCCCUGGUUUACCAGCAAACACUGUUGUUUUCUUUGGUUUGUUUAUUCCACCCCUGGUUUACCAGCAAACACUGUUGUUUUCUUUAGUUUGUUUAUUCCACCCCUGGUUUACCAGCAAACACUGUUGUUUUCUUUGGUUUGUUUAUUCCACCCCUGGUUUACCAGCAAACACUGUUGUUUUCUUUGGUUUGUUUAUUCCACCCCUGGUUUACCAGCAAACACUGUUGUUUUCUUUGGUUUGUUUAUUCCACCCCUGGUUUACCAGCAAACACUGUUGUUUUCUUUGGUUUGUUUAUUCCACCCCUGGUUUACCAGCAAACACUGUUGUUUUCUUUGGUUUGUUUAUUCCAGCAAGUGAAACAUUUUGUCUGAACAGUAUGUGACUUUUUAUUUAAUUGAUCUAUUCUUGCAUCAUGUUUAUUCAAAACAAACACACAGAUACAUAUACAGUACACACAUGUAUGAAUACAUAUUAUUUUUCAAAAAUAUAUCUUCUUUUUAACAACUUUACUACUGACAGCCGCACAGGAAAUUAGUGCCAUAAGGAAUUGUAUGAGAGACAAACAUUAUUAUAUUUAUUUUAACUUUGAUAAUUAUUAUUAUUAUUAUUAUUCUAAAGUAUUGGUGUUCUUUGCUGAACUACAGUAUUGCAUAAUCUCAGUAUUUGCAUUUUAUGAUCAACUUUCUUUGUUUCUGAGCUCUCUAAGGUAAAACAUGUUUUUGUUAUUGUUUCGACUGUAUGACUAACCAACAUAGGGUCAAUAAAAGGGUGUGAAAAUC